UUCAAAACCUCGAAUUGGGUGGAAACUCCAUUAGCAGAGACCACACCAGUACCUCUACUGCUACUGCUUCUAUCGCCAUUAAUUCUCCAAACUUUAUUACGAAUUCUUUCUUUAUCAGAAGGGAAGGGGAAGACGGAGGGGGAGAUUCGAUUUCGAUCGAGGUUUCUCUCUCAAUCCAUAACUGCACAAUUCAUCUUCACGCACUUCAAAGAUCUUCUGCUCUGCUGUUAUCCCCAUCCCAUCCCCUUCACCCAUUACAAUCAAUCAGAUCUCCAUCAAAUAUCCAAUCCCAAUCGCUUUUUUUCGAUCGGGACACUGUUCGGUUCAAUUUCUCGUUGCAUUGCUUCGAUGGCGACCCGAGGAAUUUAGGAUUGACGGCGACUGAAUUAAUUCUUAAUGGCUUCCGAGAAAAAAUCGACUUCUUCUAAAACUUCCCAGAGCAGGGAGUCGAGAAUUGCAGGACUUCGCGUUAAGCACCAACAAGAUUUAGAGAAUUUGAGUCUGACCUCACAGCCCUUCAAGACGCUAAAGUUUUUCACAUUUGCCGUUGGACAAUAUUUGAAAAGAUUGUUAGCAUAUCUUUUCUCACUCCAUGUUUGGCUUGUGCUGUUUUGUGUGGCCAUUGGUAUCUUCGGGAUUAUGCUUGCGACCUUUGAUGGCCCUCACAGGAAGCACGUCGAGGAAGUUCUUUCAUAUACACAUUUCGGAUUGUGGUGGAUUGCACUCGGCGUUGCAUCCUCUAUAGGUCUUGGUUCGGGAUUGCACACCUUUGUUCUUUAUCUUGGACCUCACAUCGCAUUCUUCACCAUAAAAGCCGUGCGAUGUGGUCGAGUCGACAUCAAAAGUGCUCUAUACGAUACAAUACAAUUGAAAAGAACCCCAUCUUGGCUCGACAAGGAUUGUGCUGAAUUUGGGCCUCCGAUUUUUCCAUCUUCGGAUGGCGUUAGUGUUCCCCUCAGUAGCAUAUUACCCCAAGUCCAGUUGGAGGCCAUGUUAUGGGGUCUCGGAACUGCGCUCGGCGAACUUCCUCCCUAUUUUAUUUCAAGGGCAGCGAGCCUGUCGGGUGGUAAAGUGGAAGCCAUGGAAGAUUUAGACGCUUCCUCAUCGAAAGACAGCGGAUUUAUAUCUGCCCGUCUGCAUAAAAUUAAGCUCUGGUUCCUAUCGCACACUCAGUAUUUGAAUUUCUUUAUGAUUUUAGUUCUCGCUUCGGUGCCGAAUCCUUUAUUCGACCUUGCCGGCAUUAUGUGUGGACAGUUCGGGAUUCCUUUCUGGAAGUUCUUUACGGCAACAAUGAUAGGGAAGUCGAUAAUCAAGACUCACUUCCAGACAGCGUUCGUCAUUUCCAUUUUCAACAACCAACUCCUUCACUGGAUCGAGACUGAGCUAAUUCGCGCGCUAAGCUUUCUCCCCGGCGUUGAUGCAAUAUUGCCGAACGUUAUCUCGAAGCUUAAUGCGUUGAAGGACAAGUACAUGGCUACGAAUCCUGACGUUCCAGCCGAGGCCAAGGGGCUUUCGCUUGCGUUCAUUUGGAAUACCGUCGUUUGGGUCGUGUUGGUGAAUUUUUUCGUCAAGAUCGUGAAUUCGACUGCGCAGCAGUAUCUUAAGGAGAUGCAGGACGAGGAAAUGAAGAACACGUCGUCGUUCGACAUGGAGGAUAGGUUUGGCUCGAUGAAGUCCGAUUGAGAUCGAGUUUCUUGUACAGGAAGAGCAGCAGAUUGUUCGAAUCCGACCGGGGAUUUGGUCGAUGUUCUGGGCAGUAAUAUGGUACGAUGAAAUUUCAGUGAUUCUUGUUUUCUUUUAACUGCAUCUACAAUGAAUGUUGUUUUGUUCGAAAUAGUGAGUUUCGAUUGAUUUAUUUGACCAUUGGCUCAGUCACCCAGAUUUUGAAUUUGAGAGGCGCUAUAAACGUAAUCAACAUAUAUUUUUAUUUU